CAAACGCGUUAACAACAUUGUUAUAGUUAUGCCUCGUCGACAACUUUUUUUUCGGGGAUUAAGAAGUAAAUCUUAAUUAGUUUAUUAUUAAUUAUCAUAUUUACUUGAAAAGUAAAAUAAUAAAAUGCAAGAAUUUCUGUAUAAUUCAAUGAUUGAAUAAAAGUAACAAAUAACUCAAAGGAAUUUAAAUAAAUAUGGAUGUGGACAAUGAAAAUUUUUACGAUAAUAUGUCAUCGUUUAUCGCGCCAGCUUCGGAAUACUCGUUGGAAGAUUUAGACGAAAUCCUACGUUCUACUGGUACAAAUUUAGAUGCUUCGCUUGAUCUGACUGCGGUUAGUGAUUUCGAUCUAAGCUCUACGCCAUUUGAGCCGCCAAUUACAGCAGCAACAUCAUGUAGUAGCUUAGAUAUAAGCAACUGUAGCCUACAGCCCCAUAUGCGGGAUGAAUUUCAUUUUAAUUUUAACGCAUUUCCUUCACCAGCCAGCACACAUUUAUCAGAUUCAAUAUCAUCUCAUGAAAUCUCUGCGCGUACAUCAUCUACUUCGUCUAUGGACGGUGAGCAUUUUAAUGCUGAUGAUUUCUUUAAUUUUUUAAACGAUGAUGAUAUAAAAAUGGAUGAUUUAAUACGCAUUAAUACAAGCGAAAGUCAAAGAAGACAUACACCGUCACCUACAGGAAGUUACGCCAGUUCUAGUGGUAGCUCAACCAGUGGCAUACAAAGUGAUGUUUCAAUGACUUCAGCACAUGAAAAUAUUCAACAAAUAAAACAUGAAACUGGCGAAGAGUUUGAGCUUGUAACGAAACCAUUAUUAAAUUUGAAGGAAACUGCUGCUGCUAUUCGUCCCGAACAAAAGGUGGAAAAUAAUUUUGCAGGUUUCCACAAGGAAGACGCUAAGGAAUUUAAAACAGAAAUAAUAAAAGAUAACAAAUUAGCGACUACACCUUCCGCGUUGAUAAAUGUUGCAAUACCCGUAAAAACGAUAAAUACGAUGGUGGUACCUUUACGUAAAUCAUCUGUUCCGGUGGAGUCGGUUAAACCUUGUACCAAUGUAAAAGCUGAUGAAAUUAGGUCUACAUCUGCAGCCAUACCCGCGUCAAAAGUCAUACACACCACAACACCAUCACCUAAAUUGAAUCCUCCAUCUAAUCCAAAACCAAAAACAAUUUAUUUAUCUUCGAAUGAUUUUAAAGUGUUAAUGCAAAAAAUGAAUAGUAAUAAUAGUAAUAAUAAUAAUAUUAAUAACGGGGCCAAUAAAAAAUUCAGCGCCACCAAUGGGCAAAUGCCCAAAGUUGUAUUGAAAACUACUAACGGUAAAAUAAUACCGGCAAAUAAAAUUUUUAACAAUACCACCGGAAAUAUCACAGCGACAACUUCUCCGCCAAUUCAUAAUCAAUUUAAAGCAAACAUUGUUAAGGCCAGCGGCGCACAUGCGAUUAAACAGACCUUGAACGCUCAAGCUCGAGCAAACCUUAUGGCUAACGGCAAUCGUUUCUCUGGCGGCGCUCAACUGAAAGGGGGAAAUGGAAAUUUCGAUGCAUAUAAAGAUCUUAUAGAUGAGAAAUUGUUUAAGAAACAACAACGUAUGUUGAAAAAUCGUGAAUCGGCCUCGUUGUCACGUCGUAAGAAGAAAGAGUAUAUGGAACGUUUAGAAAAUCGUAUUAAAGGUUUGGAAAAGGAGAAUUACACAUUAAAGGGGGAAAACUCUUCAUUGCGUUCUCAAUUAAUUGCUUUUGCUCAGACGUGCCAAUGUAAAAAUGCCAACGUUAGCGAAUUUAUAUUGAAUUCUUUACAAAUCAAUACCGAAGCCAAAGCAACUGUAUUAAGUGCUAUUGACUCAGCUUUUCUGCUAAACAAUAAAGUCAAUAAACAAACGCAACCCGAGCAGCCAUUCAGAGGUUCAACGAAUCAUAUUAAGAUAGCACCGAAACCGCCUAAUGCACCGCCUAAUAUUAAUCGAAAUUUCAAGCAACGUAUGUCAGCGACAACGGUUAAGAAAAAUGUAGCCAUUUUGUUUGCGAUGGCUUUCAUGGUGACGUUGAAUGUUGGCAACUUUCAACAUUACUUAAAUAAGGCGGGUCUCGAAAAUAGUGCUUUAGAAUCAAUUGCGGCAACGGGCGAAGAACAACAAUUAUUGCCAUCUGGCGGACGACGCUUAUUAUGGGUGCCCACUGAGCAGGAGUUUCACGAGCAAAAUAACCGCAGCAAACGUGAAAUUGAAUUCACCAAAAUGGCACCGCCGCCGUUGCAUUUUUUGCGACCCAUCAAUCGGACCACAGGUGACAAACUGAACGGCACAGCGCCUCAAGAUGAUCCGUUGUUAAAAAAAUCUGAGAAAUGUGCGUCGUCAGCUUCAAGCAACACAACGAAUUACAUACAAGAGAAUAUGCGUUUGGCUCGAAAUUUGCAUAAAUGGAUUGGCGGCAAUGACUAUUUGAACUUGAGUUCAGGCCGUAAUUUGGACAAUGUGUCUCAUUUUAAGUUGACUAGGAAUUAUGUCAAUCUCGAUCUACCGUUGCAAGAUCCCGUAGGCAACAAACCACAAAAACGUAAAAUAUUUAUGGAUAAUACGGCAAUACCAAGCAAUAAAAAAGCAAAGUUAGCGAACUUACCAUCCGGUUUCAAUUCUUUAGAGCUGUUUAAGCCACGCAUUAGUGAGGAAUAUUUGCGUUUAUUUAAAGGCAUUAAGCGGCAAGACGAUACCUUUUAUGUAUUGUCCUUCAAUAUGGAUCAUAUUUUAUUACCGGCUUCGGCUUACAAUAAAACAUCACGCCCAAAAAUGUCUUUGAUGUUACCGGCUGGCGAUCCCUCCUUAAACGGUGACGUAGUGCUCAUGCAAAUCGAUUGUGAAGUAAUAAACACAACAGAAUUGGAAAUAAAGUCCCAUAUGAUCCCCGAAAAGUUACGACGUUCUCGCUACGAUAGCGUUAAGGUUAAAGUCAACGAUGACGUAGUUAAUAAUGGAACCAAUGUAGAUGAAAAGUUUGAGAAGAAAUCAAAAAACCCCGAGAAAAAUGAAACUAAAGAAAAGUCUCGUACCACAUAUUUCAUGAUGGGUCCAAAAAAUCAAAACGGUAUGGUUAAGACAGAUAGUAAUGAAGGAUUGACCAUGAAAAGGAGACCACCGCUGCUGAAACUGAACGCUAGUGACAGUAUUUUAGGCAGCGGUAUACUAAAUGUUCGUAAUUCAACUUUAUUUUCUAAAAUGAGAGAAACUGUUGUCAAUGCCGGUGUGGCGACUACCAGUGACCCUAAUUUCAAUAAGAUUUUUUAAGGCAUGGAAAAAAGAGGCAAUUAUUACGUCUGCAUAUUUCAUAUCAAAAUUCCGAAAAACCAAUUUUUUCUCUUUUUGUUUUUCUUUUUUUUUUUUUGUUUUUUCGCGUUAGGUUGGCGAGCAAUUUACUGUAUUGCGAGGGUAUCCCACUGACUGCUUUUAAGCCAGCACAACCUUUUACUGUGAGUCUUAGUCAGAUUUGGACUUGACGUCAUUAUACAUCAAAUAUAUGAUCUGAUUGCACAUUGAGUGUAAAAAAAAAAAAAUUUCUAAUACCUUAAGUACACGAAGUAUUUUUCUGAUUUUAAUCUAAGCCAAACUUGAAUUGCUUCAAAUCGCUACUUAUAUACAGCUGAUCCUUUAUAAACUCAAGAAAAACUGAUCAACUGUUUUAAAAUGUUUACAAAUGCCUUGAGAUAUUUUGUAAGAUGAAUUUUAGUAUGUCGAUGAUAGAAGUGUAUAUCAAGUUUGUGUGGGGAAGGACUUUAAAUAGCUCCACUUUUUGUUAUACCGAUCGAUUCAGAAUCAUUAUCAUUACAAUCUGAAUCGAUCCAAGUUUGUCUCUCCGUCU